UAUGGUGACGAAACGAUUCUGAGCUUCUUACAGUCUUAGUCGGUUGUGUGGGGUUAAGCCUCUCUGAUUUCGCUGCAAGUUUAUUUUGUGAACUGUUAAGCGUACAUCUACUGAACAUUAGAAAUGAACAAAGCUAGUCACUGCUGGCGGUGUGAGGCGCACUGCACCCAACAAUGUUCACGUUGUAGAGUGGCAUUUUAUUGCUCUAAGGAAUGUCAGAAACAGGACAAGUGGCGACAUGAACCUGAUUGCGACGAUGCAGCGUUGAAAAUGAAAUGUUUAGCUUGUGGCGUUGUACAUGAGGGAAUGAAGAAGUGUGUAAACUGCUUGGAAGCCGUCUACUGCAGUGUCGAAUGUCAACGAAGCCACUGGCCUCGACACAGACCUUCGUGUCAAACUACUGUCGAAAGAGUUUUGAAACUGGUUGAAAAAUUGAAAACGUUUAGUGAGUUGAAAGAGAAGACUCCUGGUCUCGCAGCCACGUAUUACUGGGGCAAUCAGCCGGCCGUGGACAUGAUCAACUUGUCAAUGAAUGAAGGAGAGGAAUAUUCCAACCCGCUCGCUUUGUUAUUGUGUGGAGUCGGCGAUCCCAGAAAUGUUCUGCUGACCAUUGCGUCUUUGCCUGAUGUUUACCAAAAGCAAGUUAUGUUUGUGAUGAACGACAUAUGUCCCUGUACUUUGGCUAGAACAGUACUGCUUCUUUACAUGCUCUAUAAAGGAGGAGAUGAUAUGGCUUCAGCAGUGAUUCAUAUCUGGUACUCGCUUCGUAUCAGUGAACAAGAUUUCACUUCGCUGUUGUUAGCCUUACAAGAGCUUGUGGAUUGUACUGAGCUGCGUACACUCACUGAGGAAUUUAUGGACAUUCCUGAUGACCAGUUGAUCCAGUUGAAAGACGUGUGGAACACGUGGCUGCGCCUAGCACAGCGCGAAGGAUCUUGGGUGACGAAGCUACGACAGGAAGCCAACUCGGGUGAUUUUGGAAGAGAAAAAGGCAUAAAUCACUACAUACACGCUAUUCCCAAAGAGCACAAGAAUUCCACCCGCAGGUAUUUUGAUACCGGUAUUUUUACUUCGAUGAAAAAUACUAAAGAGCUUAAACAGUGUAAAGAAAAUCCCACUUUGACAGGUCGUGGAUUUCAACGGUUUUUUCGGAACUCUGACUUUCACUACAGCCUACCGACCGAUGUACUUCCAUUUACCGGGUGGGAUUAAAAUGCAGUCAAGAAAAUCUGUCAUGACAAAUCUAUAACGCGAAUGUACAGCAUCUAUAUAUCGCUUGUUCUUAACAAAUCGAUAGAAAAACUCAGACGAAAUCGCAUUAAAUGUUACUUCAUUCUAUCUGACUUCCUAAAUGUCGAAGCUUUCUUGCCAGCGGAUCGGAGAUAUGAUCGCAUCACCACUUCUAACCUACGGGACUAUUAUCCUCUCACUGUUCUAUUAACGAGAUUCAAGGGCCCGCUUAAUACUACCAAUCCUUACGCGGUCAUGUCCACCGAGGCAAUCAACUGGGUCCGAAAUUACAUGCCGGAAGUGAUUCACCUCUUGCCUAAUAUGAUAUGCCUGGAUGACCUCGUCCAGAAAGCUUUGAAAGACACACGAAACCCUGAGCUGGCUAAUUUAUCUGGAAUGUCGGCUUUUUUAGAAUACUCGAACUUAACUCAACAAUUCGCCAUGUUUCUACGCGCAUCUCUCCUCUUUUCUAACACAGAUGAAGAUCUUGCAUCGUUAAAAGGGAAAAAGAAAAUCCCCUCCUUUAAAUCUUUGGUUACCUCACUUGGACUCCAUCUCCGUGACUUUGUCAGGUGCGAGAACACAGUGUUCCCUUUUAAAUGGGCCCUGAACUGCCCACGCCCGACCAUGUUAAGGGGCUACGAGAGAACUUUGGAAUGGAAACUUCUUUCUGCAGAUGAGGGUAUUGAAAAUUCAAAAGAAUGAAUCGAAAAUUGCCCCCUUACUUCUAACCGACCCAACAGUAAAAGAGAAGCAUUUAAAUUUUGUUGAAAUAUUCGAACAUGCACGAUUAUAUACUCGAACACUUUCGAAUGCAUUGAUAAGGCUAGGGCCCGCUUUCUUCUCUCUUUUUAAUGUGAAGAAGAAGUAAAUUCAUAAAAAUCAGAAAAACAACCUUUACGAAAUAAACUAACAAAACAAGACAAUAAAAUAAAUACAUAGAUACGACGCGAAAAAAAACUUACCAAAUGCUGAGGAAAAUAUAGGAAACACGAAACACUCGCACGAAGGGGGUUUAAAAAGUACUUCUAAGGGCUUGAAACGAGAAAUGUAUAGGGCAUAGUAAUUUACAUAACGCAAACAUGACACUGCAUAAAUGGAUGCU